AUGUUAACGGUCGGCGAAGGAAGUUUGAACAUUCCUCUGAAACAAUCCAGUCAGAGAUGUUUGUGUUUUAUCUGCGGCUGCAAAGCUUCCUCCUGCCGUGUCCUGCCAGCGGCCGGCGAACCGGACAAAGUCAGUUAUCUCAAGGUGAGGGAGGUGAACCGUCUGCAGCAGAGGAGGGGGUGGUCCGCCUGUAGAGGAGGGGUGGGGGGGUGGGGGGUGGUCCGCCUGUAG